ACAUGCAGUCUGACACAUCACACACAUGCAAACCCGCUGAUGGCCCCGCAGCAGCGAGCUCUGCCUGGCGCAGGGACGGGGCUGGCAGCACAGGCGGCCGUGGGAGGCGGGAGUGCGGGCAGGAGAAGGAUCCUCUCCACCAAAAAGAGCUCUCAGUUGGCCGCCUCCAAGCCCAGAGAAGGGUGAGCAUCUGCAGGCUUCCAGCCCCCCUUGGGCUGGAACCAACCAGCCGAGGGAUCCGAUGCAGAGGAUGGUGUGAAGUCUCGCCCCCUGCGAGCCGCCCGUCUGACACUGCUGCUCUGUGCCGGCUGCCGGAGCAAUGAGGCAUCGCUGCGUGGACAUGCAGCCCCGGCUGCCAUCCUGGGAAGGUCUCCCAUCCUUUCUUUCCCAUCUCUCUACUCCAGCAGCUGGCUUCUGGGGGAGAUGCUGUGCUUUCAGCAGUCUCCAGGCUGUGCAGGAAUGGCCCGAGGUGACAACAGUAGUUCACUGACCUGAAACCCAGCAUGUGCCAUGCCUGUGACUCUCUGCCUUUGCCUACCGCCCGAUGAGCCUUUUAAGAGACGUUGAGAGCUCAGUGAGGCAGGGGAGCCCUUUCCCAGGGAGCUGCCCCGGUGCCCUAGCACCCCUCAUCCCAAGGAGGAAGAUGGAGUUGGACUGCAUUGAGGGUGACAGUGAGGGCAGAGGAGCAUCGUCUGCCCGGGCCAGGGCAGCACCGCUGCUGGGGCCCUGCUCGGCCUGAACACCCACGGCACGGGACAGCAUACUGCACCCCACCGAGCUCGGGGGCUCAGCACCUCAAGGCAUCACUCGCCACCCGGGCAGCUUUGCAAGGAUUUGAGCAGUCCCGGGCAGGAGGAGGCCCAGAGCCCCCUGAAGGCUCUCCUGGCUGCUAAGGACACUUCCAGCAGGUGGAUCCAGCUCCCGCUCUGCUGAUCAUGGUCAACAAGACCUUAAAUUACUGGGAUCCUGGUUUCGAGGAGGACGUUAUCAACAUCAAUGUGGGAGGGCUGAGAAGGCGGCUCAGCUCCAGCGCCCUCUCCAAGUUCCCUGACACCCGCCUGGGACGCCUGCUCUCCUGUGACUCAGAGGAGUCCAUCCUGCAGCUCUGUGAUGAUUACGACGUGAGCGCCAGGGAGUUCUACUUCGACCGAAACCCCGGAUUCUUCCUCUACGUGCUUCACUUCUACCAGACAGGGAAGCUGCACGUCAUGGAGGAGCUGUGCGUCUUCUCCUUCUGCCAGGAGAUCGAGUACUGGGGCAUCAAUGAGUUCUUCCUGGACUCCUGCUGCAGCUACCGCUACCACGAGCGCAAGCUGGAGAGCCGGCACCACAACUGGGAUGAGGAGAGCGAGGUCAGCAGCGUGGACACAUCCCCUGAUGAGAUCUCUGACAUCAACCACGACCUCCUGCGCUACAGCACCCUGCGCUGUGGCAACCUGCGCAAACGCCUCUGGCUCACCAUGGAGAACCCCGGCUACUCCAUCCCCAGCAAACUCUUCAGCUUUGUGUCCAUCAGUGUGGUGCUGGUUUCCAUAGCCACCAUGUGCAUCCACAGCAUGCCCGAGUACCAGGAGGUGGAUGAGAAUGGCAAUGUGCUCGAUGAACCCAUCCUGCACAAGCUGGAGUAUUUCUGCAUCUCCUGGUUCACCUUCGAAGUGUCUGCCCGCCUCCUGCUCUCCCCCAACCCCAGGAAGUUCUUCAAGCACCCUCUGAACCUGAUUGACAUUGUCUCAGUCCUGCCCUUCUACUUCACCCUCAUGGUGGACUUGACCGUGGGCAGUGACUCGGAGCUGGGCAACCUGGGCAAGGUCGUGCAGGUGUUUCGGCUCAUGAGGAUAUUCCGGGUGCUGAAGCUGGCUCGACACUCCACUGGGCUGAGGUCACUGGGGGCCACCUUGAAGCACAGCUACCGGGAGGUGGGGAUCCUGCUGCUCUACCUGGCUGUGGGGGUUUCUGUCUUCUCUGGUGUGGCCUACACUGCUGAGAAGGAGGAAGAUGUUGGCUUUGACACCAUCCCAGCGUGCUGGUGGUGGGGCACGGUCAGCAUGACCACCGUGGGCUACGGUGACGUGGUGCCCGUCACCGUGGCAGGCAAGCUGGCUGCCUCGGGCUGCAUCCUGGGAGGCAUCCUGGUGGUGGCACUGCCUAUCACCAUCAUCUUCAACAAGUUCUCCCACUUCUACCGCAAGCAGAAGGCACUGGAGGCGGCUGUGAGGAACAGCGGGAAGAAAGACACAGAGGAGGUGGAGAGCAUCUCCAGCCACGACCCAGACUCGGAGGCUCUGAGCGAGACCUCCCUGGGCAGAGGGAGCCCUGACCGCCGCGGUCUGACCCCCGGCACCCACCCUGCACCCUGACCCCCCUGCACCAUGGCACCGGGGUGUGGGACCCGCUGCCUCCCUGGAAUUGUCCAAGGCCAGGUUGGGUGGGGCUUGGGGCAACCUGGGCUGGUGGGAGGUGUCCCUGCCCAUGCAGGGGGUUGGAACUGGAUGAGCUUUAAGGUCCCUUCCAACCCAAAGCAUCUGUUGAUGAUUCCUCACCGUGAGCUGUUGCACCAGGACAUGUCAGAGGAGCCAGGGCCUCCUUGUCUUGUGCCCUGCGAAGGACAGGAGGGGUUGGAGAAGAUGCCCAGGAGGUGCUGGCUGCUUCCAGCCCCUGUGACACAGCAGCCAGGAUGUGUCUCAGCCUUCACACAAUGCUGGCUCUGCUGCUCCAUGGCUGCACAUGGAGGCUGCAGGGCUGGAUGUAGCCCUGCCAUAACAAGAGUGAGAAAAAAAAAAUAUAGAGGUGACCCCUGAGAAGGCACUGCCCCAGGUGAGGGAAUUGGGAUCUUCCUCUGCCCUGAGGUUUUGUGUUGUCCAGGGUGAGGCUGAAUAGCUUGAGGGUCAGGCAACCCCUGACCAGGUUGGCUGCCCUUGAAAGUCCUGUGCCAGUUCAGCAUCAAUUCCAUCCCCAACCUCAUCCUACCCCCAGAUCCAAACAGCUCCAAAGGCUCAGCUGCCCCAUCAGCCAUGGAGAAAAGAGGGUUGGAAAUGAGUCUGUAUGGGUGGAGAGGUGGUGUCCACCUCAGGACAAGCCCCACUGUCCCCAGCCCCUGCAGGGGGAGUGACUAGACCUCACUUCUUCACCCAGUUAAACCCUGCAGAUGGGGUUUAACUUUUCUCUCAGGUGGGUGACACUGCCCUGGGCAUCACCUCUGUCCCUGCAGGGAUCCCAGCUUCGUGGGUGCCCAUGCACCAUCUCUCCACAGGGACAGAGCAUCCCCCAAGUCCACAGGAGAGCCCGGGCAGAGGGGACCUUGCACUGCUCAUCACCCCAGCCUCUGAGCACCUCACGGGAGGGACAUCCUGGAGCUGGGGUCCUCUUCCCACCCAGAACCCACCCAGCUGAGCACAUUUGAGGCUGCACCCAGCACAGCAUUAAUUCCCUAUGGAGUUUUUCCUUCACCCUGUUCUCUGUUUGGAAAUUGUGCAGUUCCUUUGUGCACGGAGGAACACACCCAGAAUGCUUGUUCUGAGCAAGAGAAAUGUGCACCCUGCCAUCACCUCAUCAGCUCCAAAAUAUUUUGAUGACUGCAGGAUGGCCCCAGGCACACAAAUCGUGGUGUUUGCCACUGGUUGUCCCGGAUGGCCUUGUGUGCAGCCACAGCUGCUGGUGCUGGUUCUGUCUGUAGCAAUCUGCGGAUCACGGGGAAAGAAAGAGCUCAACCCCAGCGGGGGUCCAGCCUCUCUGAACCUCAGUGGGACUUGGAAAAGGGGUCCCAGGGAAGAAUGGUGUGGGAUGGGAGGGUGCUCAUGCUGCUGGCAUCAUUGAGUCUUCCAGUAUUGAUAGUCCGUGGUCUGCUCUGUGCUCAUUCUUCCUGUGAGCUGGGACCAGUGAGCUCCAUCCUCUGCUCCAACCAGCUCCUGCUGCACUGUUACUUGAAUAAAGGAAGGAGUUCCCCUUCUCUCCAUAAAUAUUCCAGUAGCAAAAUGUAUUAAAAUGUGAAGACUAAAUUACAUGUAUUCGUGCAAAAGCAUUAUGCAAAUAAUUAAAAGAGCAUGUAAAUUAAUUUUCUAUCUAUGCAUGGGAUGCAUACCGUAUAUUUUAUUAAAGACCUAAGUGACU